GCUCCGCCUGCCGCUGCUAUGGCCGUGCUUGACUUCGCCGUCGACGCGUUCGAGCUCGAGUUCUUCGCUUCCCCGCCGGGAGGGGUCAAUGAGACGCCGCCUCCAUCGCCCGACGAGGAGCGCCGCCUCCGUCGCAUGAUCUCGAACCGGGAGUCCGCGCGGCGGUCCCGCAUGCGGCGGCAGCGGCACCUGGAGGGCCUCCUGCGCGAGGAGGAGCGCCUAACGGCGCAGAACCGAGGCCUCUCCGAUCGACUCGAGGCGAUGAACUGCUACUCCACCCUGUUGCGCCGCGACAACGAGCGGCUCCUCCUCGAGUCCGCCGCCCUUCGCCGGAGGCUGGCUGAGGCCAGCCGGACUUACAAUUACCUUUUGCGCGGUCGUCUUGCCUGGAUUUCCCGUCCGCCGCCAGCCCCGCUGUCGUCGAUGGCGGCGGGAAAUGAUCCGACGUUGGCGUCGCUGACGGCGCAUGCAGGAGCCUUUUUCAUUUCUAAUUAAAAACGUGGCGGGAACAAUUAACUACUGUUAAUCGUAUUAAUUUUUUUUUCUAAUGUAAAUAUAAAAGGCAGUAGAAAAUCGUAUUAAAUGGCAGUGUAACUGUAAUAGAGAAGAGAGGAGAGAAGAUUCUUCCUUUUAUUCCACUUUUAUGGAGAAGGCUUAGA